AUGAAUUGCGACUCUCGUUCAGAAAGGUCGAACGCGGUGUAUGCAGCUCCAGCAAGGUGGUUGAGAGCGACAGCCUCUGGAUGCAGCGGCGAAGGGCUCGUGUUCCCUGCUUGGGCGGCCUGCUUCUUGAUCUGCAGCCCUGCGCCCCCUCGGGAGAACGAGCCAGAGCACCGCAUGUGCCUCGGACAGCGGGCCUGCGUGGAGCGGCCAGCACCGCCGCCCUCGCUUCUCUUCGCUCGUCCUCGGAGCAAUGUCGGCCGCACACCGUUCAACUCCUCCUCCUCCUCCUCCUCCUCCUUCCCACCUGUGCUGUUGUACUUGUGA